CCCGAAGUGAGUUUUCUUCCAAAGUUCAACUACCUCAGCGUCGAGUGGUUCUCUUGAGCGUUGUUAUUUUACUAGCAUAAUGUCUUUUUUUCUUUUGCACAAAACGCGGACGUUGAGUCGACGCAGAACCUGAUUUAAGGGAUGCAGUUGAGCUUGCCAGGAGAUCCACGGACCUAUCGCAGACCCUUCGCAGUUCUUCUCUCCUGCCAAUGUCAUACAAUGGAACUCCAACGGCGCCGGAGUGACGAGGAACUUCACCGGGUACACAGAGAGCUCAAAAGACGUCGGCUAAAGAAUUUUGACGGCUUAUCACGUUACUGCAAGCUCUGCGAAUCCAUGAUCUCGACUGAGGGUGGUGUGCAAAGCCUUCUCUCCGCUACAGGGUUCCAGCAUUCCACCUUGGCCGAUAUGUACCUCCGAUCGGAGGAAGGGUGCCGGCUUUGCAGUAUGAUCCGAGAAGUGCUCAUGAAGUUUCUUGUUGACACACCUGGCACUGGUGUGUGGGCACUGUUCGGCAUGUGCGGAGAUCGACCGUGUUGGCAGGUUACCGAACCGGGGGAGACGCCGUUGAUAGACGCUCUAGGCGUCUUCAUCCCUGACGGCAGACUCCUGGCCAAGCUACUCAUCUACACGCCUAUAGACGACCCGGCAGCGAAAUACAUCCCUAGACGGCCCGUAGCGUCCAAGGUGUCUAGCAACCUGGUGGUUAACCAGCUGAAGACUUGGAUUGACGAAUGUCAAACUCAGCACGCUCACUGCAGGGCCAUCACAAACCCGUUCCUUCCGAGUAGGGUACUGGAUGUGGGACGCGAUGGUGAUGCCGACGCUGAUAUGUUACGGCUCCAUUCCACCGAGCCGGCCGAAACAGGACACUACGCAGCGCUCAGCUAUUGUUGGGGAGGCGUCCAAGACGUUACUACGACAAAGGAGAACCUCGAUGCCUACAGCAAUCGACUUAGUCUCAGCAGCCUCCCAGCGACAAUUCGGGACGCCAUCACCGUCACUAGGUCCUUAGGGAUUCGUUACCUCUGGGUGGAUGCACUUUGCAUUGUGCAAGAUGAUGAGGACGACAAGGCCAACGAGAUCAAGAAGAUGUCUUAUGGUAUUAACCAUCCGAUUGACUACCGCGGGUGGACACUGCAAGAGCAUCUGCUAUCUGCCCGGCUCAUCGUGUAUAGCGAGAAGGAAGUCAUCUGGCACUGCCGCGAAGAUAAACCCAAGACCGUGGUUGAAGGUCAGAUUCGGUACUCGCAGCCCGUAACAAUAACAUUCGUCCCCGCGAGUUACUCUAGCACUUACAUGACCGUAGAGCAACAAACAGAACUAUGGACCGCGAUUGUCAAACGAUACUGUCGACGAAAGUUCACCGUUCUCACGGACAAAGUGCAUGCUUUGACUGGAAUUGCAAACGUGCUCGCGCGGUUCUGGGACGAUAUGUACAUCGCUGGCAUGUGGAGGAGAUGCUUGAUAGAGCACCUGGGGUGGCAGGAGUAUUCUCGGAACAAAGACAUGCUGCUGCCCGAGGGUUACGUCCCCAGUUGGUCCUGGCUCGCUGGAAGUGGAUCUGUAUACUUCCAUACUAUCGAUUACCCUAAAGUUGAAGUUGUCGACAUUCCGAAUGCGCUCAGCUGGCGAUGCGGCGAGCCCGCUACGCUUGUGUUGAGAGGAACCGUCAUUGAGCCAGGAAGCCAUCACUGGAUGGCUAUGGGGAAGGUAUACAGAUGCGAUGAUGGGGUGUCUCUUACAGAUGACAUAUGUUUGCUUGUUUUGGGUCACGCUUUUUGGAACGAGGACGAGCAGCUUGCCAUAAGCAUGGUCAUCCGGAAGGUCGACAAUGGUUGUUUUCAGCGGGUUGGCGUCUCGGGAUUCGUGGACAGAUUCAAGGGGGAUCGAGAGACACAGAUAGUGAGACUGAUCUAGAUCUCUAUGACUGCAUUCGCCGAGGGCGUUUGAUUGGAACUGGAGGAGUUAAGAAACGGAUAAAUAUGGUGUCUCGUCGAGUCAAUGUUAUUCUGUUUCUGAGAUGUUCGCGCGCGACGACUUGCCCAAGCGGUGUCAAAUACCUCCAUGCUGGACUGGUCCUGCAUAGCGCCAACCCACAGGCUUCCCUU